AUGGCAGAUGGGGCUCAGGCCAACCCCAAAGAGUUCAGGAAGAAGGGGCUGGUUAGACACCCCUCUGGGUGGAGGGGCCCGAGCCUCAGGGCCUCUUCUUUGAGAAACUCGAGGUCUUACCUGGGGAUGAAGAAGUUCAUCACCAUCGCCAUCCUGGCCAGCAGUGUCCUGCUCGCGGCCCACAGCAGCCUGCUCAACCUCAAGUCCAUGGUGGAAGCCAACACAGGGAGGAACGCCAUCUUGUCCUUCGUGGGCUAUGGCUGCUACUGCGGGGGGUUGGGGGGGCACGGCCUGCCCAUGGAUGAGGCGGACUGGUGCUGCCAUGCCCACGACUGCUGCUACCAGAAGCUCUUUGACCUGGGCUGCCACACCUAUGUGGACCACUACGACUACACCAUCAAGAACAACACUAACAUUGUCUGCAGUGAAUUUAACCAGGCGGAGCGUGACCAGCAGAUGUACGAGUGUGACAAGAGCAUGGUCCUGUGCUUCCAGAAGCAGACGUACAGGGAGGAGCAUGGCACCUACCUCAACAUCUACCGCCGGAGCCCCACACCCAACUGCAGCAUCUACGGGCCACGCCCCCGCCCCUCCCUAGCGCCCUCUGGGGGCUGA